AUGUUUUUCUUAAAGGAAGAGACCAAGGUGAUAUCACUGCACCCGUCGUACUUCGGGCCGAACAUGCGGGAGUAUUUAAUCAAUAGGCUUAACGAGGAAGAGGAAGGCCGGUGUACUGGUGAUCAUUUCGUCAUUUGUGUCAUGGACAUGGUAGAUAUUGGGGAGGGGCGAGUCCUUCCAGGAAGCGGGCAAGCCGAAUACACAAUCAAAUAUCGUGCGAUCAUCUGGAAGCCUUUCAGGGGGGAGACGGUCGAUGCAAUCGUUACUUCCGUUAAGCCUACUGGCAUUUUCACCUUGGCAGGGCCGCUAUCCGUUUUCAUUGCGCGAAAAUACCUCCUCAGUACACGGAUCAUGCCGACCAGGUCAUCGAAAAGGGGACCAGUUUACGGCUCAAAAUCCUCGGUGUCAAGCCUGACGUAG